GGCUUGCCAACGAGGCUGGCCCAGAGGGUGACUCGUUGCUGGGUCAGUUGCGCUCCGGAGUUGGUGGGUCACAUGGAAGUGGAGCAGAGCGGGCACUGAUCUGAGCCGAAAAGAGCCGAACCGAUUCCGGUCAUGGCGCCCCCCCUCAAAGGGAAGAGGAAACGGUCGGAGGGGAGCGACCCCCUGGACCAGCCGUCGUCUCCGAAGCCUGACAGUGAGGAGAACGGGAGCUCCACAGAGCCUGUGGAGUCCCCAGAAGCAGGCGGGGAGCGGGAGCAGGAGCAGGCCUUCCUGGUCAGCCUCUACAAGUUCAUGAAGGAGCGACACACGCCUAUCGAGAGGGUGCCCCACCUUGGCUUCAAGCAGAUUAACCUGUGGAAGAUCUACAAAGCUGUGGAGAAACUUGGAGCCUAUGAGUUGGUGACCGGGCGCCGCCUCUGGAAAAAUGUCUAUGAUGAACUGGGUGGAAGCCCUGGCAGUACCAGCGCAGCUACCUGUACCCGCCGGCACUAUGAGAGGCUGGUCCUUCCCUAUGUGCGACACUUGAAGGGAGAAGACGAUAAGCCACUGCCUCCGACCAAACCUCGGAAACAAUACAAGGUCUCCAAGGAGCCCAAGGGGGAUGAAGCUGCGGUGGAGAAGCCAAAGAAAGCCAAGGAGGAAAGGAGUGGGGGCCAGAUCAUAGCUGAUAAAACAAAACCAGAAACAACCCCUUCAGCUCGGCUUCCAGGCCAGGAGGAGCUGGAGAGCAGCACCAGGCCCCCUGGUCCUUCCCUAGGGAUGGCCACUCUGCCCUUCCCAGCAGGAGCAGAGGCAGCUGGGGGCUGUGCUUACAAACGCCUCCUCUCUAGCUUCUACUGCAAAGGAACCCAUGGCAUCAUGUCCCCCUUGGCCAAGAAGAAGCUCCUGGCCCAGGUGAGCAAGGCUGAGGCCUUGAAAUGCCAUGAUGAGGCCUGUGACCACAGGCUGAGUGGUUCAGAAGCGGGUCCAACACGACCCUCAGUCAUCUACCCAACAGAAGGGCCAAAGAGUCCAGGCCUUCAAGAGGAGAGCCCCCGGGAACCUCCUUGCUUGCUCCAUCGUCUGGCUAGCCUUGAAGAACCCCUGAAAACAACUCACAGUCCCAAGGAGGACGUUCAGCCAGGGGGGAAUGACAGGGGGCCAGUCCAGCCCCAUAUUUCAACCCCAAUCUUUACUGGCUGCUUCCAUGCUUACCCUGCAGAGGUGCUGAAACCAGUUAGCCGACAUCCACAUGACUUCUUUCCUGGCUCUAAGGAUGAGGCUGAAGCUGGCUCCCCCUUCAGGCCCCCCGGGAAAGAAGGGGGGAAGCUGGAGAGUCAGCCACAGCUCCUGUGGGGUGGGGAUGCCAGCCACCCCUCAGCAUUCCACAAAGGUGGGGCAGGGAAGAACAGCCCUUACCCCCGGCCCAAAGCCUGCUGGGUGCCCCCUAUGGCUAAAGCCACUCCCAAGGGGCCUUCAACACCCCCCACUUUUCCCAGCAGCCCAAGCCCUGGCUCUGGCUCUGGCUCUGGCUCUGGCUCUGGCUCCCGCAGCAAGCGGAGCUUAGAGGAAGAAAGCUUUGCUCUUGGCAAAAAGCUGAGGGCUGUAUCCCCCUUCCUCAAGGAGGUAGAACCCAAAGACUCUGGAGUGAAGCCUCCUGGGCCCAACCUGGGCUUCCCACACCUGUUGGGCCCAACCCUUGGGCCUUCACCCCAGGAGGCCUACAAGGGGACCAUGGUGCGGUUCCCCCUAAACUUCGCCAAUAUGUCUGACCCCCUGAAAGGUCAAGCCUCACUCCCCUUUAGUCCUUUGGUCAUCCCUGCCUUCCCUGCCCACUUCCUCACCACUUCAUCCCCAUCCCCUAUGGCAGCAGGCCUGGUUCACUACCCUCCCACGUCCUUUGAUGGGUCUCUCCGCCACAGACUCUACCCAGUCUCCACGUGGCACAUGCAGCCGACAUACCAAGCCCCUCAUCUCUCCUCCUUCCACCUCAACACCAAGCUGUAGGCAGGGCCUUGUUCAUGAACAGGCCUUUUCUUUCCCUUUCCUUUCCUAUUGUUGAGUAUAUGAGCACUCCCAGACAUAGGCUGGGCCCGCACGCACUUCCUAGGCUGCUGGCCAGGGGCAGCUGUGCUGCACUUCAAAAAUAUAUAUAUGUGUAUAUCUCCAUCCCAUAUUGAGUCUGUAUAUGAGGUGGACUGUUGUAAAAACUAUGGGCAUAUUCCCUGAGAGGACUUGUGAGGCAAUCAGCCCCAAGCCAGAGACCAAGGAGCUGCCAAAUUGGCUGAGCUGGAGAAGACCCUGAACAUAGCAGGUGUAGACCAGGUGGCUCUUGCCCACAUCUGCAACAAGUGACUUCUUAAUGUGAUACAAUGCCUUUGAGUUUCUUUUUGUCCUUAUAUCUGUUGUGUCCAAGUGUCCGUCGUGACAUCCAACUGAAGUGUUGAACAAGGAGGGUUUUAGACCGUGGAAUCCCACUGGCACAAGGGGGCACUGGCCUGAACCAUCUGGAUUCAAACAAAACAAAAACCCAAUAAAAACACCUCUGCUUGCUCAAUUUCCAUGGAGCCAGGGACUGUGUGCUUUGGUGGUGGUUUCUUGCUGGGUCAGCCAAGGGAGCCAGGGGGUUGGAACACACUCAGCACUUGCCACUUUGGAAAAUUUCUGCCUCUCUAACCCGAACAACUGGCUGGUUCAAAACCAAAAGCUUAGCUCUGUGGGGAGGAGGAGAGGAUGGCUCCCCUCAACAGUGUCAAUGGGUAACCAACUGUACUCCAGGGCUGGUGCAGCAGGCAUCCCCAAGCUAGAGGCUGGGUGAGGACCAGAGAGCCAAAGUUGGUCUGUACUGGAUAUUAGAAUAGAGAUUUGUAGACUCAUCUUCAGCAACUUUAUAGAAUCUGAGUGAUAAGGCACAGAACCCCGCCCCCCCCCACCUUGAAGGAAGUAAGAAAGCAUCAUACAAAUGUCAGCUGUCCUCAUCAUUGCCCCUUGUGUCUUAGCCGGGCAGCUGACAAAGUCUUCCAAGCUGUCCUAGUGGAAAUGGUGGGAAGGUACUUUGGGAACUGCUUGAGUACAGAACCUGGACAUCAAGGCUUUCAGGUUUGAGUGCCAGAUGAGUGACUUGGGGCAAACGCUUUUCCUUCUCUGAUCCUGUUUAUUGAUAAAAUGAAAAGGUUGGAUGGAUCUCUAAAGCCUCGAAUGACCUAUGAAAAUCUUUAAGACCAGACUCAAAGAGAGGGCAGUGUCAGCCUGGAGAGAGGUUUCUAGUGGAAUGAUCUCUCAUGGCUUUAUUCUGUUCAACAUUUUUUUUUAAUCAGUGACUUAUAUGAAGGUAGAGAUGGAAUGUUUAUCAAACAUGCAGGAAGUGUGAUAGUUAAAAUUCUGGGUAAAAAUAUCAAGAUCCAGAUAAAGUAUGAAAUUUAACUAGGGACAAAUGGAAAGUUCAAUUCUUGACUUCAAAACAUCAACAGCACAAACACUAGAUAAGGGAGAUGGUGAUAGACAAAAGUUUGUUUGGAAAGGACUUGGGUAGUUAAAUGAGACAACAGGUUCAGUAGGUGCCAAUUGUGGGACAUGGCAUAAAAAAUGCUAAUGUCAUCCUGAACUGCAUUAAUACAGUCAUAACCCUUCAGCACUCAAAGGGACCUCAUCAAGCCCAAACCAUAUGGGAAUGAGAAUACUGUCUAUGUUAUUCUUUUUUUUUUCUUGGUGAGGCAAUUGGGGUUAAGUGACUUGCCCAGGGUCACACAGCUAGUAAGUGUCAAGUGUCUGAGGCCAGACUUGAACUCAGGUCUUCCUGAAUCCAGGACCGGUGCUCUAUCCACUGCACCACCUAGCUGCCCCUGUCUAUGUUAUUCUUGGCAAGAUCCUUCUAUAGACCUUGAGGAAGCAGCAUGGUGUGUACUAAAGUUUGUCAUUGUUUAUUUGUUUAUCAGUCAUGUCCAACUCUUCAUGACACCAUUUGGGGUUUUCUUGGCAAAGAUCCUCGAAUGGUUUGCCAUUUCCUUCUCCAUCUCAUUUUACAGAUGAAAA